AUGAAGCUGCGCCUGGGCAAGGGCUUCACCUUGGACGAGCUCAAGGAGGCCAAGAUCCCGAAGAAGUACGCGAAGACCAUCGGCAUUGCCAUCGACCACCGUCGCAGGAAUCGAUGCACGGAGAGCCUCCAGGCCAACGUCGAGCGCCUGAAGCUCUACAUGUCCAAGCUGCUGCUCUUCCCGAAGAAGGCCGGUGCCAAGAAGGUGCGAAAGGGCGACACCCCACGCUCCGAGCUUCAGAACGUGGCGCAGAACACUCUCAAGGAAAUCAUCCCUGAGAAGGAGGCGUCCGCGUACAAGCAGCUGAAGAAGGCCCGCACCAACAAGCACUACCUCGGCGAGCGCAUGAAGAAGGCCAAGGACGCUGCCGCCAAGGAGACAUGA